GGUCUAUAAUUUCCUAAGUCUAUGGUAUGCACCAAUCAAAAGCAUUAACAUAUACUGGCCUAGUUUACAUCGUGCACUUGAUACGCGUAUUAAGCAUUAUAUUCGUAUCAAAUUUGUACUAAAUUUUUAGUACUCACGAUGUAAACGAUGCCGGAUCAAAUUAGUACGAACGUAUCAAGCAAGAGUAUCGUACCAAACGGAUACGCGUACCAAAUGAUACAAAUGAUGAUGUAAACACUGAAACGUAUUUUGUAGCGGAUUAGGCCUAUUAAAUAUAAUCUUAAUUGACCUUAUGAUAAGUAAUCUUAUUUGGUCUCUCUGAAACGAUAACAUAUUAAAAAAUGUGUAAGAAACGUUAGUACGUUCGAUGUAAACGAGCCUGUAUUAAAGCAUUCGUGCGCACCAAAUUUAAUACGAGUACCAAAGUUUUAACGAUGUAAACUAGGUAUAUACGAAAGGUAUUUCCAGACACUCGUAGAAAGAGAAAUAUAUUUCGUAUACGGACACAUGCUUGAUGGCAUUGCCAGUUCAUAUAAGAUUCAGUAGGAAUAUAGAAUGUGUCAUUCUAUCAACUCCAAUAACAAUAUUUUAGAAAGAUCACAUUUAUCAAGUUGCGAUGUCUUGUGACAUUAAAAACAAUAUCCAACGACAGGAGGACGAACUGGUCGCCCUGUCCAGUAUCUACGAUGAAACGGAAUUCUUUUACGUAAAAGGCGAACGUAUGAAAUGCUCGAUCAACAUAUAUCCAAAAUUACUUCGAAAACUGGAAGUAAAGCUCACCAGUGAUUGUUCUUACGAUUCGGCUUCCGGCAACAGUUUUCUUGUUGAGCACUUACCGCCAAUCAGAAUGUACAUUACCCUUCCUAAUACGUAUCCAUCUAAAACUUCGCCAAACUUCCACCUUUCCAUUAUCUGGUUGACGCCUUGGGACAUAUCUUUCAUCUGUCAGAAAUUGGAUGAAAUAUGGAAGGAGAACGAAGGCAACGAGAUCAUCUUCCAGUGGCUAAAUUUCCUACAAAACGAUAUUUACGAUUUUUUAAAUAUAUGGGAAUCCUUAGAUAUUUCUUACUUAAAUUUAAUGCACACAUCAAGAAAUGCUGUCACGAUACGUCUAGCCAAGUUGUCCGAUUGCCGGGCUCAGAAUGGCGCAUUGUUGUCAGAUAUCAAAAGAUUAUUAAUACGUUAUGACAAAGAACAACAUAAAGCACAAUUUUACAAGAACAUUUAUACUUGCCACAUAUGCUUUGAGGAAUACGUAGGAACAAAUUGUAUAGAAUUGGAAAAUUGUGGACACAUCUACUGUAGAGGUUGCAUGGAACAGCACACACGUAUCAAGAUUAACGAAUAUAAUAAUGACAUAUUAUGUCCGACGAUAGAUUGCAAGCGCAAAAUGAGCCCUAAUGAUAUUAAGACUCUCUGUCCGGAUUUGUUUUCCCAAUAUGAAGAUAUCAUGUUGCGAGUAACAUUAGACACCAUGGAUGACAUGGUGUACUGUCCACAAAUUUCUUGUCAAUAUCCGGUAAUCCGAAACCCAAAUGAUGAUACCCCUAUUUGUCCUAUCUGCAACUAUUGUUUUUGCAUCUAUUGCCGUAAGAUGUAUCAUGGACAAGAACCAUGUGAAAUGACAUCGGCCGAGACUAUAAUACUUAUUGAGAAAUAUAAAAACAGUAAUGACAAGGAAAAGAAGAUGCUAGAGAAGAAAUACGGCAAGCGACAAAUGCAAUCAAUCGAAAAAUAUCUUACGACUGAAUAUCUACAAGAUAAUACAAAAAAUUGUCCAAAGUGCCAUUCAUUUGUCAGCAAAAGUGAGGGUUGCAAUAAAAUACAAUGUAUACAUUGCAACGCUCAGUUUUGCUGGCUGUGCAAUGAACAGAUACAUGGAUACGAGCACUUUAAUAGUCCCGGCAAUUUGUGUUACGGACUUUUAUUUGAAGGCAUGGAGGUAAACGACGUUAUAGACGAAAUAGAAAAUUUAAAUCAACACUUCGAAGAUUUUGAUAUUUAAAUAUAUCCUAUAGCAACGUUUGCAAAUCAUAAAUUUUAAGCUGAAAUCAUUUCUGAUCUUUGUAAUUUGUAUUUUUUUUUUUUAUGAGAUCAUUAUUUUGAAAAAGAGAUACAGCAAAUCAUUACAGUUAUCAUUUGCAAUUAUCAUUUGCAAUUUUUUAUAGGUGUAUUACUUUUGUGUAUUAUUCUUUUCACCUUUUAAAUUAACAAAUAUAUUAAAUAUUUGUACAUGUUACAUAUACAAAUAUUUAAUAUUAUAUCAUAUACUAUUUGUAUAAUAAAGAUUGUAUGUAUUUUGUAUACAAAUAAAAUAUUUGUA